GGGCAUAGGACAACGGCCUCGGGCUCCCAGGGGAGGGAGCACAGGACACCCCUGGGUGCUGGGCAAGGUCUCCCCCAGGGGGUUUCCAGCAGGCCCCGCCUUGGCGGCCUGGGGCAAAGGGUCUCCUUUCUCUGAGGCCUGUGGGGUUGCGGUGGGGUCCCCAGGCACCUGCCAGAGCCCUGAGCCUGUGUGUUCCCAGCUUCACUUCCAGGUUUGGAGCAGACAUGGAAGGAAGCCCAUCCCCCUUAGCCUCAGAUUCCCCGGGAGCCCCACGGGCCUCCUGCCCGGUAGAGCAGCUACAGGGGGCUCCGAGGACCGAGGACUUGAGGAUCCUGGGGAGCUCCACGCUCUUCUCCCAGAGCGACACCCCGGAGGCCCCGGAGGACGAAGAGGAGGAGCCCCAGAGUCCGCCUGGGGAGCAGGGCCUGAAGGACACCCCCGUCCCGCUGGCGCAGGGCAUGCAGGAGUGGCCGGACGGCUGCGUGUACCGAGGCCAGUUCGGGCUGGGCAUGAAGCUGGGGCACGGCGAGUUCUCCUGGCCCACGGGCGAGCGCUACCACGGGCAGUUCUACCGGGACCACCGCCACGGGCUGGGCACCUACGAGUGGCCGCAGGGCUCCAGCUUCACGGGCACCUUCUACCUCAGCUCCCGCGAGGGCUACGGCACCAUGUUCCUGAAGGCUCGGCUCUUCCAGGGGCUGUACAAGGCGGACGAGCGCUUCGGGCCCGGUGUGGAGACCUACCCCGACGGCUGCCAGGACGUGGGGCUGUGGCUCCGGGACCACCUCAUCCAGCUGUGCACCGAGGUCCCCGGGGCCUUCUCCAUCCGCAACUACCCCGAGUUCCAGGACUUCCUCACCCAGCCCACAGCAAGAGUCAGCCUCGCCGACAAGGGGGAGCCGGGCUGGGGCCUGAGCGAGGAGCAGGACCCCCUCUUCUACGACUACAAGCGCUUCCUGCUGAGCGAGGACCUGACGCUGCCCCCCGAGCUGAGCCUCUACUCCACGGACAGCGGCCACCUGCCCAUGACCAGCGCCCUCUGCCGCGACCUGGACUCCCGCAUCUUCCUGAACGGCCUCCCGCCCUUCGUGGAGGACGCGGAGCCCUGGCUGGUCAGGAACGAGACGCCCCUGCUGCUCCGGAUGCAGAGGCACGCCUACAGGUUCAGGAACAAGCGGGCCCACAGCAGCUGGAGGAUGGACGCCAUCCUGGCGGGCGACCGCAGCUCCUUCGGGCCCAGUGGACCCAAGGAGUGUCUUUCCAAGGAGCUGAUCCUGAAGGCCCAGGAGGGGGACUACCGCUGGGUGCACAGGGCGCUGAGGGAGAGCCUGGUCAGCCCCGAUGUGGCAGACGCCAGGGGCUACACCGUGCUGGCUGCGGCCGCGGUUCACUCCCAGAGGGCCAUCGUCAGCCUGCUGCUGGACAGCGGGGCGGACGUGAACAAGCGCUCGGACGAGGGCCUCACGCCCCUCAGCAUGUGCAUCCUCCUGUACUACCCGGCCCAGGCCUUCAGGCCCAACAUCGCUGAGCGGACGCUGCCCUCGGUCCAGGACGGCCCCAAACUCCCGGCGGCUCCCAGCCGAUCCUCCGUGGCCCCCCAGGGGGUCCUGGGCUCCGCGCACGAGGACCUGGUGUCCGGCCCAAGCGGCCUGGAGCUGUGGCUGCUGCCCGUGCCACUGGAGGACGAGGGCCUGUCCCAGGAAUCCAGCGACGUGAGGAGCAGCCCCCCCAGGCGGGCCUCCCUGUCGCCCAAGGGCAGCGUGGCUGCGGACGUGGAGCUGGGGCCGGAGGGCGCGCCGCACAGCCUGGACGAGCUGGCCGCGGGCAGCCACGAGAGCGACUUCCAGUCCGACAUGACCCUGCAGGACUUCUCCAUCCGGCUCUCCCGGGACCUGCUGGAGAGGGGCGCCCAGGCCCUCAGCCUGCUGCCCGCUCCCCUCGGGGAAGCCGAGGCCUACAAGGGGGCCACCAGGAGGAUGGCGCUGUCCCUGAUGGAGCGCAGGAGCCGCUGGCUGACCAUCACGCUGCUGCUGCAGCGCGGCGCCGACCCCAACCUGAGCCGCGUGCCCAUGCAUGUCCUGUUCCUGGCGGUGAAGGCCGCGGACGUGGACGGGGUGCGGCUGCUGCUGGAGAGCGGGGCCAGGACGGACAUCGCCUUCCCGGCCGAGCUGCGCGCGCUGACGCCGCUGCACAUCGCGGCCGCGCUGCCCGGGCCCGAGGGCGUCCGCAUCACGGAGCUGCUGCUGCACGCCGUGACCGACGUGGACGCGCGCGCGGCCGACCGGGACGAGGCGUACAAGCCGGGCAAGCUGGACUCGCUGCCCUCGAGCCUGAAGCUCAGCAGCGAGACGGGCCCGCCCAGCUGCUACCACGGCCCGCCCCGGUCAGCCGCGGACGAGGGGGGCCGGACGGCACUGCACGUGGCCUGCGAGCGGGAGGACAGCGCCACGUGUGCCCGGGACGUGGUGCAGCUGCUGCUCUCCCACAGAGCGAACCCCAACACGCUGUGGAGCGGCCACUCCCCGCUCUCGCUGUCCAUCGCCAGCGGGAACGACCUGGUCGUGAAGGAGCUGCUGGCCCAGGGCGCUGACCCCAACCUGCUCCUGACCAGAGGCCUGGGCUCCGCCCUGUGUGUGGCCUGCGACAUCAACUUUGAGCACCAGCGCAGCCUGGACAGCAAGCUGGCCCUGAUUGACCGGCUCCUCAGCUAUGGCGCGGACAUCCUGCAGCCCGUGACGCUCACGCAGGGGGACAGGGCGGCCGUGGGCACCGCCGUGGACUAUGGCUACUUCAGGUUCUUCCAGGACCGGAAGAUCGCCCACUGCGCCUUCCACGCGCUCCUGCCCGCCGAGCGGGAGACCUUCCUGGCCCGGAAGAGGCUACUGGAGUACAUGGGCGUCCAGCUGCGCCACGCUGUCCAGGCCAAGGAGAGCCAGUGGGACCCCAAAGCGCUGUACCUGAGCAAGAGAGCGGAGCUCCUCCCACACCACAGGCUGAAGCGGAGGAGCACCUGCGUGGGCAAGGCGGCCGACUCGGAGGAGCAGCAGCAGACCCUCCUCCCCUUCUUCAAGUUCUGCUACCAGUGCGGCCGCUCGGUGGGGGUGCACCUGGCGCCCUGCCUGCGCUGCUACGGGAUCCUCACCUGCAGCAAGCACUGCAAGAGCAAGGCCUGGGCCGACUUCCACAAGCGGGACUGCGGGGACCUGCUGGCCCUCAGGCGCCUGGUGGAGAACGGGAAGCCCCCAAAGCCCGCGGUCAGGAGCCCGCGGCAGGAGCCCCGGCAGCCAGCUGGCCACAGGAAGACCGUGUUCUCCUCCUACAGCCACGGGUGAGGGACUGCAGCUGGGCCUGCGCCCAGAGGA